AUGAAGAUUCGAAACAAAAGAGUUAGAGAUCUGGCUUCCAUCAUUUUUACUGUAUAUUACCUCAUUGCCGCUGAACAAGCAGAUGAAAAGGUUCGGAAAAUCCGCGCCGUUCUGACGGUGGACCAUCUGCGAGUGGCCUGGAACAAACCAAACACCCCCUAUUUGCAAUGGUUUACGGCUCUCAUGCGUCCCCGCUUUACCAAAUAUAAACCCCGUCGCAUCCGGAUCCCUCGACCAAGAGCCUCUGCAUAUAAAGAGCCGGUGGUUGCUUGGAUGUACUUCGAUGGCUCCCUCGCCGAGCUCGAGAAGCAGCAAAAUCUGGUACUGGACGUUCCAGGUGGAGGCUUCGUCGCUAUGGAUCCGAGAACCAGUGAUGAUAAGCUAUUGGCAUGGGCUGGAAAAACAGGUCUCCCUAUUUUGAGUCUGGACUAUCGGAAAGCACCGGAGUAUCCCUAUCCAUACGCUUUGAACGAGUGCUUCGACGUCUACGCCCAAAUUGUUGCCACUCGAGGCCGCUGCAUUGGCAUGAAGCCAGACUCUUGUCCACGGAUAGUCCUUACGGGAGACAGUGCAGGUGGGAAUCUGGCUACAGGAACAGCUUUGAUGAUUAUCCAAUCAAAUCAGGCCAGCCCGACUCGCGGUCUCCUUCCAUCUCCAGCUGGACUGGUUUUGAUGUAUCCUGCCUUGGACAUGAAUAUUGGCAGUUGGAUGACGGAUGAUCAGAUGGCUUUGAUUAGAAAUCCCAGAACAUCGAAGAAAUACGAGACCUUCAUCAAGAGGAAGAGUGAAGAUAUUGACAGGCGUUAUACACGUACAACGCCGAAGCCUUCGGAUGAGGGCGAAGAUAAUCCCAACCACGACUUCUUCGCCACCAGAGAAGAAGACCCUCAAGAAAAGCCUACCCUUCAACGGGUUGAUACAGACAUCAAGGCACAGAGACAAGCCGUCGCAGAGUCUAAACCCCAACCACUCAGAACAAGACUGGCGGUGUCCUCCAUCAUCUCUUAUUUCGGCGAUCGGAUUCUAACUCCGGAAAUGAUGCGUGCCAUGAUCAUUUUGUACGUCGGACCCUUUAAUCGUCCCGAUUUCACCACAGACCACCUUCUUUGUCCAGCUGUUGCACCAGAAAAUCUCCUUGCCAAAUUCCCGAAGACUUACUUCUUGACCGGUGAGCGAGAUCCUUUGGUGGACGAUACUGUCAUUUUUGCCGGAAGACUACGACAGGCCAAAUUGCAUCUCUUCCAGGAGCGUCAAGAAGUCGGGCUUGAAAAGUCAACCGCUGAGUUCGACGAAAAGGAUCACGUGGAGGUAGCUCUCAUUCCUGGUAUCUCCCAUGGCUUCGUACAAUUUGUCUCUAUUUUCCCUGAAGGCUGGAACCACAUCUUCCGUUGCGGAGGUUGGAUUCAACAGAUUUUCAGUCAACCUCCUCAUGCUUUUGAGGGGCCAGCCAUUGAAUCCAGGCUUCGUUCUAGGACCCUAACUAAUGGCGCUUCUAUUGGAAGCAACCUAGAAUUAGCAACAACCCAACUUCGACACCAUCGCCGGACAAUGACAGGGGAGAGUAUUGACGAUGAUGCUCCAUUAGCUAUGUCGAGUUUGAGAUCCGACUAUGUCAAUCGGUCCCCACCCAAGUUAAAUGGCGCUCCUCAAGGAGGCUUAAAGGCAGAAGACAAAUCCAAUCCGGAGCGAAGCAAAAGUCUAAUCUCUCUCGGCAGUGAGGAGGAUCUUCUCAAGCGGCGAAUGAAGGGCUUGACCGUUGGGUUGAUGGGGUCAAAUGAUUCUUGA